UUUUGUCGUUUUAAAAUCUGCUGGCAUCUUUUCCAGUUUUGUUAUUGAUGUUCUCGGUAAGGUGGUACUGCAUUCUGUCUCCAAAUUUAAAUCACUUGUAAUAUUUGAUAUCACACAAUAGUGACAAAGUUGUCCACCACGGUGGCACUAUGGGCGAGGGAUAUCGCCUACUGGGAGUUCGGUUACUCCCAAAAUUCGCAGGUACUAGAGUUCCGAACCACUGCACCAACUGCAGUUAGAAGUUAUAGUGGAUACGGGAUGGCAAAGCCUAUUUUGUACGGUGUUAAUCGGAGUCCUGCGGUUCGAACAGUUUUACUAACUGCAGCCGCUAUGGGUUUGGAUCUGGAGCUUAAGGAAGUUGAUGUAGCAACGAAUGAGCAUAGAACGGAUGAGUUUUUGAGUAAGAAUCCUCAGCACACAAUUCCCACUUUGGAAGAUGGAGGGAAUUGUAUAUGGGAUAGUCAUGCCAUUGCUACAUAUUUAAUUGGAAAAUAUGCAGAGGACGAUAGCUUAUAUCCUAAGGAUCUAUAUACACGGGCGGUAAUUAAUCAGCGGCUUCAUUUUGAAAGUGGCGUAUUAUUUCCGGCAGUUCGAGUUCUACGGGUUGCCCAAAACCAAAGGAAUUUUGAAAAACUCCAGGAAAGCAAAAGGCUUAUUCUACAAGCAUACGACUUUUUGGAGAAAUUUCUAGUAAACGAUCUAUAUAUGGCUGGAGAUACUUUAACGGUUGCGGAUUUGUCACUCGUAAGUUCCCUAUCGACAGCGAAUUGCUUUUUCCCGAUAGAUAGUUCUCAGUUCCCAAAACUAAAUCAAUGGUUGAUAAGAAUGUCGGAACUCCCAUACUAUCAGGAAGCAAAUGGGAAUGGACUACAAAAUCUAAUAGCAUUUGUACAGAAAAUAGAAAAUAGUUGAAGCGAGUUCGGUGCAAUAUUGAAUAGAUAAUUCAAAUUGUGUAAUGCAUUUCACAAUUAGUUUAAUAAUACUGAGUGCAAUGUAAUAUCAAUUGUAUAAUUAUAUUAUGUAAUAAUAAAAACAGACAUACAUGUA